CCCUUUUCAAGCAGGGUAACGAGAAUAAUGUCAUGGAGGGUCCGAUACUUCUCGAUACAGAGAGCGAGAGCAUAGACAUAUCAAGCAUCAAGUUUGCGGUUCUUCAUGGUCUAGAGUCGACCCAUGAACAGCCGGACUCAAAUCACAGCCUCGUCGCGCAACAACAACUUACCGCCAUCAAGCACGCUUUCGCCCAACUGUCUCCCAUCAGAUCAACCAACCCAGAUCCGGCCCCAAGCAAAGAUACUGCACCUGAACUUGCCAGCACCGUUGUCGAGUCUCAGCAGCUUUCCAAUGUCGAGAGUCCCCUCAAGUCCCUCCGGCCCGCGACCGCCCCCAAGACAGCUGUUACUGUGGCCCAGAAGAUGAACAGACAGGGUAGCGAUGCACCAACACAAGAGCUGUCGCAGUCCCAUUAUACCAUCUUGCUGCAGAAUAGGAGCCGGAGUGAGAGGCAAUUACAACAUGCGCAGGAUGAUACGGAGGUUGUGGAGGAAGAGUCACCACAACUAUCGCUUCAGGAAGGCGAUGAGGGGCACAUCGAUCUAUUGUCAAGCCUAGUGACACGCAAGGAAGGCCCGAUUGAACUCGAUUCAGAUCCGGUCGAUUUCUCCCCUACCCAGAGCCAGCAUGCGCUUUCCCAGUUUCCCGAGUCUCAACGUUUCAAGACGCCGGCAACCGCAGGCAGAAAGAGAAAAUUCAAUAGCGAUGUGAUUGACAGCCCAGAGUUACCACGCAAUCCGCUGCUACACAAUGGCACAAAUAACCAGGCAAAUGUCAUAGGACUCAGUCAGGCUUUUGCCGCAACCCAAGCAGACACUUCGCCUUUCGUACAGAAUGUCCACGGUGAUCUUCCGUCCGACCGACCGUCCCCAAAGAUCGAGCUGCAGCCGCGUCCCAUGACCGCUACAAGCUCGCCCAUGAAACCGAUCGUCCCCUUUCAGAGAGCAUCGACUGAACCAGCUUCACGUUAUAUUUCUGUCAGAGAGGAGCUGGCCGCCCGUGCACGACAAGCGCAACUUGAACAGCAGCAGGCCUUCGACGAGGAAAAUGACGAUGACGAUGACGAUUUCGGUGAGGAACCAGACUCGGUGGUCAAGUACCGGCGGCGACGGGAGAUUGACCGGCGGGUACAAGAAAAGAUUCAGCGACUUUCUUCGCCCUCGAGACGUCCUCUUCGUGGUCCCUCUAUGUCAAAGUCUUCUCCGAUCCGGAGUCCAAGUCGAAGUUCACCACCUGGACUUCUGUCACGACGUACUACUACCAGGUUCAUAGAAGCAUCAAGCCCGACGAAGACGAAUUCUCCCAUUCCGGUCGAUGAUAGCGAACAGGAAACAGACCACGAGGAUGCCGUCGAGAUAGCUGUCGCCCGCUCUAGUCAAGCGUUAGUCCCUCUAGAUGAAGAGGACAAGGAAAACUUUCUCGACAAUGGUAGCCAAGUUCCUGAAACGGCGGCGAGACUGUUUCGUAUUGCCAACGGUGCUCCCUCGCAGCUGGAGGAUAGUCCGUCCCUAAGACAUGGGCGCCGUAGAAGUGGUGAUAUUCACCCGCUUCACAGUUCACAGCCGUUCGCAGUGGCUGAUUCUCAAUCUUCACAGUCACGGAGACGACUCCAGAAACUUAGUCAGGCGCCAAACUCAACUCCUGCUGCUGGAAGUCUCGAUUUUGUACCGCAAUCCCCAACCCCAUCUGCGCCAACAACCGGAAUCCCACGAGCAGAGGAGAUUGACGAAACUUCGAACAUGGGUGGCAACCUGCAAGAUGCACCUGUGUCUCCUCCUAGUGCCUCCGGUGCGAAUCCUCCCAAUAUCCAAAGUAGCCGGCCCCCUCAGAGUACCAUUCCAGAGACAAGCUCAAAUGAGCAGCAAGUCCCAGCCUCCAGAUCAGCUAGUGACGAUAAACGUGGUGAUCCAGAGAGUACCAGUCGCGUUGACUUUGAGACAGCCCAAUCUCAUAUCCCAACUCCCACAGCACACGUGGAACGGCCGAACGCCAUUGAAACGAGCACGCCGCUCGUGACAGACACGACGCCCACCCGCAAACGCAGACGUAUGGCUGAGAUUGCAGCCGAGCCCUCGCCCUUGAAGUCUCAGUUGAGCUUCAAUGCGAACGAUGCCUUGCAGCUGGACCCUGCCUUUCAAAGCCCUGAAAGGAGAGGUCCACUUAUCUGUAAGCCUGUCAUCGAUGUCGCCCACCAAGUAAGCAUGCAUGAUGAUCAGCAGGAAGAAGGUGGAAAGACUCUUGCAGAGCGCGUGUCCGACCUCAGCCAAACCGGUCCACAUGAGAGUCUUUCAAACAUGGACGACCCCAGCAGUCCACGCUCAAACAGCAAUCAUUUGAAGUACCCCUCAGUAACCCAAGUGACGACACCGACGUAUUCGCGGCGCUUGAGGAAGCCAUCUGCGAAAAUACUGGAGGCCUCGAAAGUACCUCCUCCAGCCGUGUCUACCCAGACUCGAACUUCUCAAUGGGAUCUUGACGCAUCCCCUCCGCAAAAGGCUGUGCCAGCAAAACCUACUUCCGUAUUGAAGCGAAAGGCCGCGGAUAUUGAUGGCCCAGCGAGCAAGAAAAGGUCGACUCAGACAGGGACAGUGAGCAGUAAGAAAGCCGCCUCGACGAAGACGAUACCUGCAGAAGUCGAAAAUACUGAAGACAGACUUAUUGAUAGACCUCCCCAUCAUCCAGAAAAUGUGGAGGAAGAAGCUAACACAAUCGUCCAACCCUCCUCGGACGAUGUGCCCGUCGCUCCCAACAUGGUCUUUGCGUGCUUCAAUGGCAAAACUCGCGCUUAUUAUCCGGCAAGAUGUCUUGGUCUUGUGGAUGCAGAAUCAAGCAGAUACCGAGUUCAAUGGGAAGGAUAUGACCCUGAAGAGAUCGACCAACACGGAAUACGCAGUUUGGACCUGCAUAUUGGGGAUUUAGUCAAGGUCAACAUGCAGGGGUUCCCUAAAGUGUCUUAUGUUAUCAAAGCAUUCAGCGACAAAAUCCCUGCAAAAGAUGGGACGCAAGCUAUCACUGAUAUACGAGGCUACAAGAAUUUGCUCGUUUCUCCAAAGCAGCGGAAGAGCCUCCCUGCAGAUCUGUCGACAGAUUCGGUCCAAGAAGUCCCUGUAGCCUCGAUCUACUUGGACAGCAACAUGUGGGGGCAAAUGAAGGACAGAAGCUACAAACACAAAGCAAUGGCUCUGCAAGGGUCACUUUCGGGAGUCUCAACGCCUGUCGGACGAAGUUCCACACCAAGCACACCACAAUCCCGGCAUCGCAGAGGCGCUACUGCUGCGGCGGUGUCCGCUUCGAUCCAUGUGCCGGGUGGAAUCUUCACGAACAUGGCGUUCGCAAUCUCGUAUGACGAAAAGCGCAAAGACAAACUAGCACGUCACAUUCGGAAAGAGGGAGGCCUGGUGUUGCGGGACUCAUUUCCUGACCUGCUCGAGACGGAUUCGAUAGAAUUGAAACCACAAUUCGCCGACCUGUCUUUUACCGCACUCUUGACAGAUUGUCACUCUCGCAAACCGAAAUACAUGCAGGCGCUGGCCCUUGCCGUCCCUUGUCUGAAUGGCAGAUGGGUCGAAGCAUGCAUCCAAGCAGACGAGCUCGUUGACUGGAGUACGUACCUCUUACCCGCCGGAGCAAGCGCAGAGUUAGAUGGUGCUAUCAGAUCGAGGACCUUGCCUCUUACUCACACCAAUUCAGCCAGAGUAGCCGACAUGAUCACUUCAAGACCGACCAUAUUAAAUGGCUCUUCCGCGGUCGUGGCUCUGGGCAAAGACAACGAGACGCGAAAAGCAUACUUGUUUUUCAUUCGAGCUCUCGGCGCUGGAGAUGUCGUGUCGGUUCCUGAUCUGGCGUCUGCCAAAGCGGCUGUUGAAAACCAAGGCACUGACGCAAAUGAUGCUGUCAGCUAUGUCUUUGUUGACGAUGGAGAUGUAGACAGCGCAAAGGCCCUCUUCUCGCAACCCACAUCGGUGUCAACGCAGAAGGGCCGGAAUAAGACCAAAAUGCUAAAGAGCCAACAGACAUUGACAGGAGAAGACAAGGCUCAGGUCAAGGUCAUGUGUAAGGAAGAUAUUUUGCAGAGUCUGAUUCUAGGCAAACUGUGGAUGGGUGGAAUGCAACUUCGAACUCGACGUGGACCUUGAGGUGUCGUGCUUGAUAGUCGAUAAGGGUGGACUACAGACCAUGUUGCCGACGCACUGAUAUCUGAAUCUAUACCAGAUGUCUGCCAUUGUCUCAAGGAGGUUUGUGCACAAUGAUGGAAGGCUUACCAGCACCAGCCUUGGAUACUGAACCACAGAAAUACCUACAGAUCGCUAAGUAUCGCGGUAGAAGAGAUAGCCUGGAGUGUGAUCAAAUGACCACAUAACGCCGAAGAGAAAUGUAGACGGCCAUAGCGACAUCGAAGGUACUGCACGUUCAUCAUAGUCCCUCACAUAAAUGCGAG